AAUAAUGAAAAUGAAAUAAAUACAUAAACUACGAUUCUGAAAAAUCGAUCGUCCUGUGAUUCUUUCCGACUACCGUCGGUUGUAAAUAUUAAAUUAUACGCACAUUCAUUGUAUCAAUAGAUUUGUAUAAUCACAUAUCAAAAAAUGGUGGUUGGAGAAUGUUGGCCGACGAUGGAUCUGCUACGAUCGGAGCCGAUGCAAUUGGUACAAUUGAUCAUUCCUAUCGAAUUAGCUCAUCGCUCAAUCACGUAUCUCGGCGAACUUGGCCAAUUUCAGUUUAAAGACCUCAAUGCUGAAAAAAGCCCGUUCCAGCGGACCUACGCAGCUCAGAUGAAGAGAUGUGGGGAAAUGGCUCGCAAACUACGUUUUUUCAGGGAACAAAUGUCAAAGGCAGGUUUGUUUCCCUCAACAAAGUCUGUAACAAGUGAUGAUAUUGAUUUCGACAACUUGGAGGUAAAACUUGGAGAACUUGAAGCUGAACUGAUAGAGAUGAAUGCAAAUGACGAGAAGUUGCAAGAGACUUACAAUGAACUGUUAGAGUAUAAGCUUGUUAUGCAGAAGGCUGGUGAGUUUUUUUCUUCAGCUCAAGGCAGAGCUGCAGCUCAGCAGAGAGAACUUGAAGCACAUCACAGUGGUGAAGGAUCCAUUGACAGUCCAUUGUUAUUGGAGCAAGAAAUGAUAACUGAUCCAUUAAAGCAAGUUAAGUUGGGUUUUGUCAGUGGCCUUGUUCCUCGCGAAAAAUCAAUGGCUUUUGAGAGAAUAUUAUUUCGUGCAACAAGGGGUAAUGUGUUUUUGAAGCAAUCUGUGGUUGAAGAUUCUGUCACUGAUCCUGUGUCUGGGGAGAAGGUCGAGAAAAAUGUAUUUGUUGUCUUUUACUCUGGUGAAAGAGCAAAGAACAAAAUUCUGAAAAUAUGUGAUGCUUUUGGAGCAAACCAUUAUCCAUUUACAGAGGACCUGGGAAAACAAUUCCAGGCUAUUACAGAUGUCUCUGGAAGACUUUCAGAACUGAAGACUACCAUAGAUGUUGGACAGGUGCAUCGGAGCAAUCUGUUGCGGACCAUUGGCUAUCAAUUUGAGCGAUGGAACUUCCUGGUAAAGAAGGAAAAAUCGAUUUACCACACUUUAAAUAUGCUCAGUAUCGAUGUGACAAAGAAGUGUCUUGUUGCAGAAGGCUGGUGUCCUGUUUCUGCAACAAAUCAGAUUCAGAAUGCACUGCAGUGGGCAACCGCUGACACCAACUCACAAAUUGGGACCAUAAUCCAGGUUCUACAAGCAAAAGAAUCCCCGCCAACCUAUUUCCGGACAAACAAAUUUACUUGUGCUUUUCAAGAAAUUGUAGAUGCAUAUGGGGUUGCGAAGUAUCAGGAAGCAAAUCCUGGUGUAUACACAGUUGUCACGUUUCCUUUUCUUUUUGCCGUUAUGUUUGGUGACUGGGGCCACGGUAUAUGUUUGCUGCUGGCUACAUUAUAUUUCAUAAUCAUGGAAAAGAAGUUUUCCUUUCAGAAGCUUGGAGACAUCGUUGAAAUGACUUUUGGUGGCCGCUAUGUUAUUAUGAUGAUGGCAUUGUUCUCAAUCUACACAGGAUUGAUCUAUAAUGAAUUCUUUUCUGUCCCAUUUGAGCUAUUUGGGCCUUCUGCCUAUGAUUGUAGUGAUCUUUCCUGCAGGGAUGCUUCUACAACAGGUCUAAUAAAGGUGCGUGCCACUUACCCAUUUGGUGUUGAUCCCAAAUGGCAUGGUACUCGAAGUGAGCUACCAUUUCUUAACUCACUGAAGAUGAAGAUGUCAAUUUUAUUGGGGGUAGCUCAGAUGAAUCUGGGGAUUGUAUUAAGCUACUUCAAUGCAAAAUUCUUUGGAAAUGAUGUAAAUAUUCGGCAUCAAUUUGUUCCCCAGAUGAUAUUUCUAAAUAGCUUGUUUGGCUAUCUAUCUCUUCUCAUAAUUGUGAAAUGGUGCACUGGAUCUAAAGCUGAUCUCUAUCAUGUGAUGAUAUACAUGUUUCUGAGUCCCACUGAUGAUCUGGGUGAAAAUCAGCUUUUUUUUGGCCAAAAAUUUCUCCAGAUUGUGCUGCUACUAUUGGCUCUUGUUGCAGUACCCUGGAUGCUGUUUCCAAAGCCAUUUCUCUUGAAGAAGCAGCAUGAGGAAAGGCAUCAAGGUCAGUCGUAUGGACGACUCGAUAGUACUGAUGACCCUCUUGAAAUGGAGCUUCAUGAUCCCCAUGGGCAUGAUGAAUUUGAAUUCAGCGAGGUCUUUGUGCACCAACUUAUACAUACUAUAGAGUUUGUGCUCGGUGCAGUGUCUAAUACAGCUUCAUACCUAAGGUUAUGGGCUCUCAGUCUGGCCCAUUCUGAGUUGUCCAGUGUAUUUUUCGACAAGGUUUUACUACUUGCUUGGGGGUUCAACAAUGUCAUUAUUCUUAUUAUUGGUAUAAUUGUAUUUAUAUGUGCAACUGUUGGUGUGCUCUUAGUAAUGGAAACUCUAAGUGCAUUUCUACAUGCUUUGCGACUUCACUGGGUGGAGUUCCAAAACAAGUUCUACGAGGGAGAUGGUUACAAAUUCUGCCCAUUUUCAUUUGCUCUACUUAGUGAGGAAGAUGAAUGAUUACCUGCUUGAAGCUAGGGUAUAGGCUAGAAGAUAGGAAAACAUUACGAUUAUGCCGAUUUGUGAUUUGUGGAGAUAUAGAAAGUGGAAAUCAUUUUAAUUUUUAAAUAGAGAUUUUAAAGAAUAUUAACGGAUCAA